AUGUCUUCACAACCUCAGAGUCGGCGUGCGUCGCUUUCGGGGGUUACUGAGGAUGUUGAACUCCAAUCCUUAUCCCGAACUAGUUCCUUCCCGCUUCAACCGCUACGCCAGAAAACACCUCAAGCCGGAUCUGCAGUGAAUGCCCCCCCUGUCCCUGCCUUUCCGGUCACCACUUUUGGUCCCCCCACAAAUAAGGGUCCUCGUACCCAUUCCAAUACAUCAUCCGCCCCAUCUCCACUGCAGCCUGAGUCGUCCUCCAAAUCUGAAGCAUUGCACACUCCACUUAUAGAUGGCUCUGAGUCUGCCCACCCUUCAUCCAUUCUACAUCCUACGCCGCCGCCGUCCUCGUCUCUAAACAUCUCGACCCUCUUAAAUACCUUAAUGAAGUCGGCGCAGUUCCCUCUAUUGCGCUCAUCUCCGGCAGCUGGCACUGGGAGCUAUGGAGCUUUGCCUAUUACUGGUGGCGGCGAGAGUAGCUAUGCUGGAAGUUCACUUUCGACUUCAACGGCCUCGGGGGAGCACGAUGGAAAGGAUAGCGACCAAGAAAACGAAAACGAGGCACACGGACUAUUGGAGGAGCCUACAAUAAAGAGACGAGGUAAAAGAAAGGCAAACACAACUUCUGCGAGUGUUGUUACAGGGUUCCAUGGUGUUGAUGGAGCAGAAGAAGGCGCCACUGUUGAGAGCGACGGAGAGGAUGAAGAGGACGAAAACGAUCCUAUAGAUAACUCCCCGUACCCUGAAGUCCGCGCUUCAGUACCAGCCACUGACGACCUGUCACUCUCCAUUAAUACGCCACGCAUGUGGACUCUCUCGAUCUUGUUUUCACUUGUUGGCUCGUCUACAAACUUGUUUUUCUCGCUGCGAUAUCCGUCGAUCUCAAUUACACCUGUUAUUGCGCUUCUUCUUGCGCAUCCAUUGGGAAAGUUAUGGGACCAACUAUUUCCGGAGCCUGACGCUUCCGCCUGGGAUGGGGAGAAAGGAAAGUUGGGCAAAUUAAGAUUAUGGCUAGGGCAAGGACGAUGGAACCGGAAAGAGCAUUGCUGCGUAUACAUAUCUAGCAAUGUCUCGUUCGGGUUCGCAUUUGCUACAGAUGUCAUAGUCGAGCAGACAAAAUUCUACAAGCAGGACCUUGGGAUUUGGUACCAGAUUCUACUUACUCUAUCGACUCAGAUCCUCGGAUAUACCUUUGCAGGGCUCACGCGACAGUGGCUGGUCUACCCCGGUGGGAUGAUCUGGCCGGGAACACUCAUGUCCACUGCAAUGUUCACAACACUACACGGCGAAGAAAAUAAGCCUGCAAAUGGGUGGAAAAUCUCUCGGUGGAAGUUUUUUAUUGUGGUGUUUAUUGGCGCAUUCAUCUGGUACUUUAUACCGGGGCUCUUGAUGCCAGCACUUAGUUAUUUCAAUGUGGUCACCUGGUUCGCACCGAAGAGUGUGGUUGUUGCUAACCUGUUUGGGGUGUCAACGGGCCUGGGGAUGUUCCCCUUGACCUUUGAUUGGGCACAAAUUUCGUACAUUGGAUCACCCUUGAUGACGCCCUUUUGGGCUGCUGCCAAUGUCAUCGCUGGUCUGAUCAUCGUCAUAUGGAUUAUUGCUCCAGUAUUAUAUUACUCGAACGUUUUAUAUUCAGGCUUCAUGCCGAUUCUUUCCAGUGUAGUCUUCGACAACACUGGUAACGCUUAUGAUGUGACCAAGGUUUUAACAGCAGACUACAAGUUCGACGAAGCGGCUUACAAAGAAUACAGUCGUUUGUUUAUGCCCAUCACAUAUGUAUUGUCUUACGGCCUUCAGUUCGCGGCAUUGACUGCACUAGUUACACAUACCUUCUUUUGGCACGGGAAAGAUAUCUGGAGACAAUGGGGACGUGCAAGACGCGAGUAUAAUGCAACAAGGAAUGCAUCAUCUCCAUCGAAUACUUCAGGGGUCUACGUGCCUAUACCAGAGCCCAGGAGUCAUGCUAGUAGAAGAACGAGACGGAGGAGAAGCAGCUUGAGCGAGCAGGAGUGGGAUGAGGUCAUGGACCGUGAAGAUGUGCACAUGCGUCUCAUGCGGCGAUAUGAGGAAGCCCCUACCAGCUGGUAUUUGGUCACUUUCGUUACCAUGACGGCAGUCGGAAUGUUCGUCGUUGAGUACUACCCCAUAUACUUGCCUUGGUACGGGCUGUUACUGGCGUUAGGUGUAUGCACGGUGUUUUUUAUUCCGAUUGGAAUUGUUAUGGCGAUUACGAAUCAGCAGAGCAGCUUGUUUUUGGUCUGUCAGUUGAUUUGCGGUAUGCUAUUUCCAGGUUUACCGGUUGCGAAUAUGGUCUUCGUUACAUACGGCUAUAUAACCUCUACUCAAGGUUUAAAGUUCGCCUCUGACCUAAAACUCGGGCACUACAUGAAAAUCCCACCCCGCCUCCUGUUCAGCGUGCAGAUGGUCGCAACUCUAGUCUCUUCACUAACCCAGAUUGGUGUUUUGAACUGGAUGUUCCGCAAUAUCUCCGGAAUCUGCACCCCAGAGGCCAUGCACGGUUUCACAUGCCCUAUUGCCCGUGUUCACUUUAAUGGUAGUAUUCUCUGGGGUGUCAUAGGGCCACAGAGGUUCUUUGGCGCCAAGGAACUUUAUAGACCACUUGUGUGGGCUUUCGCUAUUGGGGCUGUAGCACCCCCAAUGUUGUGGGCAGUUUGGAAAUGGACCGGAGGCAGGAAAGGAAAUUGGGCUUGGCUGCGAAAAGUUAGUUUACCGGUAGCAUUUGGAAGUCUAAGUUGGAUUCCACCAGCCACCGGUCUUAACUUUUCUGCCUGGGCAAUCGUUUGCUUCAUAUUUAACCAUUACCUCCGUCGCCGCGCUAAUGCCUGGUGGGGUAAAUAUACUAUGACAUUAUCCGCUGCUCUUGAUGCCAGUCUUGCUUUUGGACUCGUGGUCAUAUUCUUUGGCUUCGUUUAUCCAGGCUGGAUGGACGGUUUCAAGUGGUGGGGUACGGAAAUCUACAAAGGUGGAUGUGAUUGGCAGGCGUGUUCAUUGUUGGAUCCAAAGAGCGAGAAUGGAGGAAGGUUUGGGCCAAAGGCCUGGUAG